AUGCCCCAACAACUUAUUGGAUCUGAGUAUACCGUCUAUCGUUCCGGUGACGGUAAUGGAGGAUUCACCCCAACCACCGUCAAGGUGCCUACCCUCGGCCCUCACGACAUCCUUGUGCGCAUCACACACAGCGGCGUAUGUCAUACAGACAUCACGUUUUGCCAGAUGGGUGCUCCCAUAGCUCUUGGACACGAGGGUGUCGGUAUCGUCGAAGCCGUGGGAUCUCUCGUGACACAGUUCAACGUCGGAGAUCGCGCUGGCGGUGGUUUCCAUCGAGACGCAUGCGGCCACUGCAAGUAUUGUCUUUCCGGAAGAGACAUUUACUGCUACAAUCGUGUCAUCUUUGGUGAAGGCGACUUCGAUAACGGUACCUUUGGCAAGUAUUAUAUCGGAAAGGAGACAUACUUGCACAAGAUCCCCGAGGGACUUGCCAGCGAGCAUGCCGCGCCUCUCCAGUGUGCCGGUGCGACUGUUUACGCUGCUCUCAAGGCUACCGUCACUCCUGAGAAAAGGGUAGGCAUUCUUGGGAUCGGUGGACUGGGCCAUCUCGCCAUUCAGUACGCGAACAAGAUGGGUGCGGACGUUGUUAUAUACAGCACGAGUACCAGUAAGGAGGCGGAGGCACGUCAACUUGGUGCAAAGGAGUUUCAUCUCCUGGACAACAUGUUUGAUGAUGUCAAAGCACCCAUCGAUGUUCUCGUCAUCUGCGGAACUAAAUACCCUGAUUGGGACCGUGUCAUGGCAAAGGAAUUUCUGGCCAGGGACGGUGUUAUCGUCCCUCUUGCUGCUCCUGUACAUGGACCUCUGAGCCUACCUGCUGGAGCCAUGUUCUUCCAGGGAUAUCAUGUCUUUUCGAGUUUGGUCGGUUCCCGAAAUGUCCACGAUGAGAUGCUGGAGUUUUCAGCCCGACAUGGCAUCAAGCCAAUGGUUCAGAUCUUCAAGCAUGACGGUGCUGAGACGAUUAGGCAAGUAUUUGAGCUCGUGCAAAUGAACAAGAUGAGAUACAGAGCUGUUUUGGAAAUGUGA